AAGGUUAGAUAUAUAAAUAAGAUGAUAUGUCGGUAAAUCCCACAAUAUGUAAAUAAGCCAAACAACUUUCAUGCCUACCCAAAUUAUCCGUAACACUUUGCAACCGGAGCUCGCUGCAGAAGGGCUUCUGCGGGACCAGCAACGUGCGAAGGAGAAGAGGAUUUAAGUUAAAUCUUGCCACUAAACGGCCAUUACUACAAUGACUGAAAUCCCUACGAAGAUGAAGGCAUGGAUUUAUGAUGAGUAUGGGGAUGUCAAUGUCUUGAGGUUAGAUGAGGGGGUUUCUGUGCCUGAGAUUAACGAGGACCAAGUGCUUGUGAAGGUUGUGGCCGCAGCACUGAACCCGGUGGAUUUCAAGAGGAGGCUGGGUUGGUUUAAGGCCACUGAUUCUCCGUUACCUACUGUGCCAGGAUAUGAUGUGGCUGGCAUAGUUGUGAAGGUUGGCAGUCAAGUGAAGAACCUAAAGGAAGGAGAUGAAGUAUAUGGAGAUAUCAAUGAGAAAGGUUUGGAUAAACCUAAGCAGUUUGGAUCACUUGCUGAAUACACUGCUGUUGAAGAGAAAUUGCUGGCCAUAAAACCCAAUAAUUUGGACUUUCAAUUAGCUGCUGGAAUCCCCUUGGCUAUCGAGACCGCUAAUGAAGGCUUGGAGAGGGCUCAAUUCUCUGCUGGUAAAUCUAUUCUUGUAUUAGGUGGUGCAGGUGGAGUUGGAUCCUUGGUGAUUCAGUUGGCAAAGCAUGUUUAUGGUGCAUCACGAAUAGCUGCCACUUCAAGCACGGGUAAGUUGGAGCUAUUGAAGAGUCUGGGAGUUGAUUUAGCAAUUGACUAUACCAAGGAAAACCUAAAUGAACUGCCAGAAAAAUUUGAUGUGGUCUACGAUGCUAUUGGGCUUGGCGAAACGGGACCAAAUGCUGUGAAAGAAGGUGGAGCUGUUGUGGGAAUCAGUGGUCCUAUCUCUCCUCCAGGUUUCAUAUUUAUUCUCACUUCUGAUGGAGCUGUUUUAACAAAGCUGAAUCCAUAUCUGGAGAGUGGGAAGAUUAAGCCACUUAAUGAUCCAAAAGGUCCAUUCCCAUUUUCAAAGGUGAUUGAUGCGUUUUCAUAUCUUGAAACUGGGAGGGCUACUGGAAAAGUUGUCAUAUACCCAAUUUCAUGAUAAUAGUUUUAUGAGACUUAGGCAAUGUUUGGGAUGGUUUUCUUACUGCUUUUUAAAGAAGCUUUCUAGUAUUAAAAUUUCAAUUUUUUUAACUAAAAACCACUUUAAGAAGUAGUAAGAAAGCCGUCCCAAACGAACCCUUAGAUAAUAUUAAGGUUUUAUUAAUAAAAUGGGCAAAUAUUGUGUUCCCUUUUAUAUUUGCAGUUCAGUUUGUGAAUAUGCAAGUCGCCCCUGUUUUCUAAUUAUGAAGAAAUAAAUAUUUGGUAGAUUUUGGUUUCGUUUGUCUAUCUAUUAAAGGGCUCUUUCAUAGAACAGUAA